CCCAGCCACUUCCCUCGGCGGGUCCCUCCACCUCAGUGCUGCUGCUCUGCUCGGUAAGCUUCCUGGCCUCGCCGCCGCGCCCCACCUCCGGCCGCUACGUUCCCAUCCCCUUGCCGCCGCCGUCUAAUAGGAAGGAGCGAGAAGGAGGAAGCCGGGGGCGCCCAAGGAGCGAGCAGGAGGAGCGGCUCCCUCCUCUCUCGCGCCAGGCGCCGGCUCCGGCGAGCCCCUGCAUCGAGUCACCGGUGGACAGCUGCCAACCCGCCGUUGAAAACCCAAGGAGAUUUGAUGUAGAUUUGGGAGCCUGAGCGUGCUUCUCGAUCCUGUCCAUUCUAAUCAAGGAGGCCUGGUUCAUGAAGUGUGAUUUCUGUGUAGGUUCUUCUUGCUUCUGCUGGUCAUGUCAAUGUAAGGUGGGGAUUGGCAUCCCUAGUCUAUGCACAGGGCAGUGCCAGGGUUCCUGCGUCGAGCCCUUGCAACCAGAAACCGCACGCAUGUGCUGCGCUUUACUUCUCUGGCUUGUUGCUUGAACACCCUGGAUCAUCAAGAGCCUACUCAUAGCACCAUUUCCAGUGAUUAUAGAAGUCAGUGCCUUCUGCCCUUGAUCACGCUAGUAGUGCGGACUUCAAACUGGGAAAUUGCCAGAAACAUAAGCUUCAGGGAGUGUGAGAGGUUAUAUGGGCUUCCCCAGUCAAUUGGGUUGUUUGCUCUGCUUAUACAGUCAUUCUUGCCGCGUAGGAUAAUAGAGGUUCGGAGCUUGAUUCAGAGCAUCGUUGAUUACUGUGGAAACGCUGGUCCAGAGUUGUUUGAGUUGGCACCUAUGUUGGUGAACAAUUUGGGUGGAUCAAUAACAUUGCUUCAAGUUUAUGCUGCAUUCAUGCGGGUUUUUAUAGAGUUGUCAAUGUUUGAGGAUGCUCUUGUCACCUACAUUGAGGCCAAGAAGAUUGGAGUUGAGCUGCAGCUUUGCAACUUCUUGUUGAAGUCCUUAGUCAAGGGGAAUCAGGUCAUGUAUGCGAGGAGUUUGUUUGAUGAUAUGAAGAGCACAGGUCCCUCACCAAAUGUCUACUCUUAUUCAAUUUUGAUGAGUAUGUAUACACAUGGUGAUAAACUAUGCUUGGAGGAAGCUUUUGAUCUUCUUUGUGAAAUGAAAAUCAUAGGUAUGGAGCCAACUGUGGCAACCUAUGGAACCUACCUGUAUGGACUUUGCCGUGCCAGACAGGUCAAAUCUGCAUGGGAUUUUCUUCAAGUGCUUAGACAGAGAGGCUACCCUUGCAACAGCUAUUGUUUUAAUGCAGUGAUUCAUGGUUUCUGUAACAAGAAUCAGGUUCACGAAGCCAUGAAGGUAUUUGAUGAGAUGAAGAAAUGUGGGUUUGUCCCAGAUGUCCAUAGCUACAGCAUAUUAGUUGAUGGGUUAUGCAAACAAGGUGAUCUAAUGUCAGGCUGUGUAUUGCUUGCUGAAAUGGCAAGAACUGGAGUCAGUCCUACUCCGACUUGUUACAGUUCACUUUUGCAUGGUUUUUGCAAAGCUGGAAAGGUUGAGGAGGCCCUUGAGCUUUUUGAAUGUCUCAAAAGUCAAGGUUUCAAGCAUGACCAAAUUAAUUACAGCAUUGUUCUUCAUGGUUGUUGCCGAAAUUUGGAUCUAAUGGUUGCCUACGGUAUUUGGAUUGACAUGGUUAAUCAUAAUUUUGUUCCAGAUGUUUACAAUUACACUAGUCUUAUAUAUGCAUUUUGUAGACAUAGAUACCUUACAGAGGCAUUGGAGUUGUUUGAACUCAUGCUUGACAACAGGAUAAAUCCUAACAUUGUUACAUGCACUAUUCUAGUUGACAGCUUCAUGAAAGAAGGGCUGAUUAGUGAAGCCUUUCUGUUCCUAGAUGAAGUACGCCGGUUUGACAUUGUACCCAACCUUUACACAUACAAAGUUAUCAUCAAUGGCCUCUUCAAGGGUAACGAAUCUGAUGAUGUGUGGGGAUUCUUUGGGAACAUGAUAAAAAGGGGAUAUAUUCCUGACGUUGUCCUUUACAGUAUUAUUAUUGAUGGCUUUGUGAAAGCUUUGAAUUUGCAGGAGGCUUUCAGGUUGUAUCAUAAAAUGUUGGACGAGGGGACAAUGCCAAAUAUCUUCACAUAUACUAGCCUCAUAAAUGGGCUGUGCCAUGAUGAUAGACUCCCUGAAAUGAUACCACUGUUGAAGAAUAUGGUUUUGGAGGGGCUGACACCUGACAGAAUUUUGUAUACAUCUCUCAUUGCAUGCUAUUGUAAGUGUUCAAACAUGAAGAAAGCUAUGGAAAUUUUCAGAGAUAUGGAAAAUGGGGGUAUAUUACCAGAUUCUUUUGUUUAUACAUGUUUAAUUGGUGGCUACACUAAAGUUCGUGCUAUGGAUGUUGCCGGCUUGUUGAUGAGAGAAAUGGAAACUAAAGGACUUGCACCUACCAUAGUAACUUAUACAAAUCUCAUAAUUGGGUACUUAAAAAUAGAAGAUGAGAAAAGCGCUUACAGGACAUAUCACAAUAUGAUUCAGAAAGGUAUUACACCAGAUGCCAAGCUGAGCUGCAUAUUGGGCCUUGACAAUGAUGUAGAUGAUUCUGUUAAAUUUCAAAAAGAGAAGGAUGUACCAUAGCUUUUACAUGGAGCCCUACAAAUUGUUCAAGGGAAUGCGUCUUUUAAAUGUGUUAACCCACAUACUGUGGCACUGAGUAGUAGGUCUAUUUAUUUCCAUACUAUGGACAGUGGAGAUAAGAAAUGGGCAAGGCAUGACAGUUUUAUCCAUGAACAACACCUGGGGAGCUCAGUUGAGCUCAUUCAGAGAUCUCAGGCAGAUUUGGUCUGGCUGCCCAGUACUCUCCAUCUCUGGCACCUGCAGUUUCAUAUUCUCUACAGUUGCUGCUGGGUGACCAGGUGGAAUGACGGUACCUUUUGAUUUACUUCUUCAGGAGUUAAGAUUGCAGGAUUUAGAUUGAAUUCUACUUAGGUGGACCGACGAUCCAUGAAGAGGAAGAUGAUUUGGAUUAGACAAAAGAAUUAAGCAAAUGGGUGUGACUUCAAGCAAAAAGUGUUCUUUUUUCAUUGACGACAAUUUCCCAAUCAAUAUGAUUGGACCAGCUGGUAAAGAGAAGGUGCUGGGCAAUCUCUACAAUGCCACAACAGUGAUGAUCUCGACUACUCUAUUGCUAUUCUUCGACCUACCCAUCCAAUUAGACGUUCAUAGAUCAUAGCCAACUGAGAUUAUAAGUUUGCAUCGUGAACACUUGUUCCAAACCCGCCAGAUAUGCUAGAAGCCUGGAAGCUGCACCGAUGAGAGCCAUCGGCAACGUCAAGGCUUUGACAGGAUUGCCGAGGCCGCAAUGCGACGCGGUGCUCCGGCGAACAGUUGUGUGCAGCAGCGGUAGCAGUGAAGCAGCAUUGCCAUUGCAAAAGGCAAGACAGGAUUCAACAAUGUGUAGCAGUACUAAUACGCGAAACAUCCAUUAGUCAAACAGCAAUGGCUGUUGCAAACGCCCCCGAUGCUCUUUUGAGAAAGCAAGUGCAAGCUCUUGGAAUAGCAUCACCCAGUGUUGCAAUCUUGAAGACAUGUUGUAUGGUAAAAUCACUUGCAAAGAUCAGUCAAGUUGCUGAAGCCUGAACAAUUUACCCUGAACCUGAGCCAGUUUAAGGAUCGCUAUCAGCGCCAAAAUCGUAAAAACUUUUCUGUAAUCGGGCAGGCCUAGUAACAUUGAAGGCCUGAAAAAGGCCUGAAAACAGAGCGGCAGAAGGCUGAAUACUCUCUCAAAAAUCAUGCAGCAACCCAACAACUUCAUCUCAGAGAUUUUUCAUCAUGAUAAGACUGCUUUCGGAAGCUCUCAGGCUGUUUUCCUGCAGUACUUGGCCAGUGGAAGAAAUUCCCUUGUUCAUCAAGUAGGUACCUGAUCGCACCAUUGCACACUUGAGCAUCAUUGCACCAAUAUCCAUUUGGGAGGCAAGGAAGGCGAUGGCCGAUGUACGAGCACUCACUGUGUCAUUGUUUCUGUCACGGCCAAUGGCACUCUGCGUUGCUACGACGGCGUUGGAGAUCUUGAAGCCAGAAGUAAUAAAAUAGUUUCCAGGGAGAAGAUGGAAAUGGCGUCGACUGUUCAUCAAUGAGUUGCCACUGAUUGGCCAGUCGUCGUCAGGGCUUCAAUUAUCAUUUUAUAAGCCGAAACUGCAUGCCAGCAAUACUACGUUUAUCCAUGAUAAUCAUGGUAAUUGCGAAAAAACUGCACGGAGUUAAAUUCUUUUUUUUAAAUAAAAUUGUUGUAGUUUUGGGGGUCAAACCGUGC